AAACUGUAGCUAAACAUGACGUGUCCUUUUCCUUCAGAAGUGGUCAACAUGGCGCGAGAGGAUGGAUCUGCUGUUCCAGCAUUGGAUGGAGGGAUGGAAGAAGUUGAGAUAGUGGAAGGAAAGAAAGAGGAGAUAUUUCAGGAGAUGACGGAAACAUCUGCGACAACUGUGACCUCAGAAGAGGUGGAGAUGGAGAAGAAGGUGGAGGAUGAAAGUGGUAAAGAGGGAGAUGAUGAAGGGGAGUUAGAGGGAAGAAAUGAAGAGAGGGAUGAGGAGACGAAACCAAAAAAAUUGUUGGAAGCAUGGGAGUCGGAGGCCUCCGCGGAUGUAAAACCUCCGCUGCCAGAUCCAGCCUUUAACCGGAGGUGCAGCUUGAUCGUCAGUGAGGUGAAGUAUAAGGAAGACUUUGAGAAGAUGAAGGGUCAGAGUCUGUUUGUUCCAGGAGCCGAGCUCAUCCACGCCAAGAACAUCAGCGCCGUGAUAUCCGAGUCGAAAUACAAGGAGGAGGGGAAGAAGGAGGCAUCAGUCUCUCUGUACUCCAUCCUGCCUGAAACUCCAGAGAUACAGCGCGCCAGACAAGCUUCAGAGCUUCGGAGUGAGAUUAAAUACAGAGAAAACACAAAGAUGGAGAUUUCCUCCUCUCUUUAUUCUCUGCUGCCAGAAACCACAGAAACCCAGUUUGUCAAGGAGCUGACUGAGAUACUGAGCGAGAACAAAUACAAGGAGGAAGGAAAGAAGGAGAUGAGCAGCAGUUUAUACUCUCAACUCCCUGAAACCACUGAGAUGCAGCUGGCAAAGACCGUCCAUGAGUUUCAGAGCGAGAAAAAGUACAAAGAAGAAGGGAAGAGAAAGGCCUCCAUCUCUCUGUACUCCCAGCUUCCAGACACUCCAGAGAUACAGCAUGCUUUGGAGGUGUCUCAGCUGCAGAGUGAGGUGAAUUAUCGGACCAAGGUUAUGACUAAAGGGGUCCCGUCCUCCCUUUACUCUCAGCUCCCCGACACCACAGAGAUCCAGUUCGCCAGAGAGAUGACUGAACUGCAGAGUGAGAGCAAGUACAAGGAGGGUGGCAGGAAGAGCCUCUCUCAGAGUUUCUACUCUCAGCUUCCAGAAACCUCCGAGACUCAGUUUGCUAAAACCGUUGCUGAUCUGCAGAGCGAGGUGCGGUAUAAAGAAUCGGGGAAGAAAGGCGGGAACUCGUGCUUGUACUCUCUCCUUCCAGAAACUCUGCAGACAGCUCAUGCAAAGGAAGCCUCUGAGCUCUGCAGUGAGGUGAAGUAUAAGGAGGAGGGUAAGAAGGACAUGAACAUCAACCUUUACUCUCUGCUGCCCGAGACCAUCGACACACAGCGUGCAAGAGAGGUUUCAAGCCUGCAGAGUGAGGUCAAGUACAAAGAAGGUCUGAAGCAGAAGAUUCAGAGCAGUUUGUACCAUCAGUUGCCAGAGACCACAGAGACACAGCUGGCCAAACAGCUGUCUGAGCUGCAGAGUGAGGCAAAAUAUAAAGAGGCUGGAAACAAGCAGGUGAGCAGCUGUCUCUACUCCCAGCUGCCGGCGACUCUGGAGACGCAACACGCCAAAGAGGCGGCAGAGCUGCUCAGUGAGGUGAAGUACAAGGAGGGCAUGAAGAAGAUGUCCAGCUCGCUGUAUUCCACUCUGCCCGAGACUUCGGAAACCAGCUUCGCCAAAGAGAUGAGCGACGUGCUGAGUGAGAUUAAAUACAAAGAGGACGGGAUGAAGAGUCGCUGUCAGAGCAUCUACAGUCAGAUGCCAGAAACGACUGAGAUGGAGUUUGCUAAAAACGUUGCUGAGCUGCAGAGCGAGAUGAAAUACAAGAAGGGAAAGAAAGAAGUGAGAAGCUCUUUGUAUUCCACGCUGCCCGAGACUCUGGACACGCUGCACGCCAAAGAGGCUUCUGAACUGCAGAGCGAGCUGAAGUACAAAGCAGGCCUGAAGAAAGGUCUUUCCUCCAGUUUUUUCCAUCAGCUGCCUGAGACUUUGGAGACGGCUCAUGCUAAAGAAGUGUCUGAUCUGCUCAGCGAGGUAAAGUAUAAAGAGGAUGGUAAGAAGGAGAUGAACAUCAACCUGUACUCUCUGCUGCCGGAAACCAUCGACACACAGCAUGCGAGAGAGGUGUCAGACCUGCAAAGUGAGGUGAGGUACAAAGAAGGUCUGAAGCAGAAGAUUCAGAGCAGUUUGUACCAUCGGCUGGCAGAGACCACAGAGACACAGCUGGCCAAACAGCUGUCUGAGCUGCAGAGUGAGACCAAGUAUAAGGAGGGCGGUAGGAAGGAGGUAAAUACCUGCCUGUACUCCCUGCUACCUCACACCAUUGAGACCCAGAGAGCCAAAGAAGCUGCAGAUCUGCUCAGCGAGAUCAAGUACAAGGAAAGUGGGAAGAAGGAGAUGUCCAGCUCCCUGUUUUCCACUCUGCCCGACACUUUAGAAACCAGCUUUGCCAGAGAGAUGACCGACAUGCAGAGCGAGAACAAGUACAAAGAGAGCAGUCGGAGAAACCUCGCUCAGAGUUUUUACUCCCAGCUUCCAGAAACUGCAGAGACUCAGUUUGCUAAAACAGUUUCUGAGCUGCAGAGUGAGAUGAAGUACAAAGAAGCAGGAAAGAAAGAAGUGAUGAGCUCUCUGUACUCUACACUGCCUGAAACUCUGGAAACACAACAUGCUAAAGAGGUGUCCGAGCUGCAGAGCCAGCUGAGGUACAAGCACAGUCUGAAGAAAGACGCCUCCAGUCUUUACCACCUGAUGCCAGAAACCAACGACACUCAGUUUGUCCGACAACAGACGGAGAUGCUCAGUGAGGUCAAAUAUAAAGAAGAUGGUAAGAAAGAGAUGAGCGUCAGCCUGUACUCUGUGCUGCCCGACACCCUCGACACCCAGCAUGCCAAAGAGCUGACCGAGAUGCAGAGUGAGGCCAAAUACAAGGAAGCCAGUAAAAAGCAGACUUCAGCGUCUCUGUACCACCAGCUGCCUGAAACUCUGGAGACACAGCACGCCAAAGAGGCCUCACAGCUGCAGAGUCAGCUCUUGUAUGAGGAAGCUGUUAAGAAGGAGUUGUCCUGUCCAGUUUACCACCAGCUACCUGAAACUCUGGAGACCCAGUUUGCCCGAGAGGUCGGAGACCUACAGAGCCAGAACAAGUACAAGGAGGACGGGAUGAAGAGCCUCUCCCAGAGUUUCUACUCCCAGCUGCCAGAAACCGCUGAGACCAAGUUUGCUAAGACUGUCUCUGAGCUGCAGAGCGAGACAAAGUAUAAGAAAUCAGGGAGGCGGGAGGCUGGCAGCUGUCUGCACUCUGUGAUGCCAGAAACUCUGGAAACCCAACAUGCCAAGCAGGUCUCACAGAUACAGAGCCAGGUUAAGUACAAAGAAGAUGUGCAGAAGGACCUGUCGUCCAGUUUGUUCUCCAGCCUUCCUCAAACCCUCCAGACUGAACUGGCCAAAGAAGUGACAGAACUACAGAGUCAGGUGAAAUAUAAAGAGGGCUGGAAGGAGGCGAACUCCUCGCUUUACCACCUCCUGCCUGAGACAGCAGAGAUGCACUUUGCCAAGCAGAUGUCGGAGAUGCAGAGUGAGACAAAGUACAAGAAGGACAAGGAGGAGCUGCCCAACACGCUGUAUUCGCUGCUGCCGGAAACUCUGGAGACUCAGUUUGUUAAAGAGAUGGCCGAGACGCACAGCGAGGUCAAGUACAAGCAGGCGGUGAAGGAGCAGACGGCGUCGUCGCUUUAUUCCAAACUGCCUGAAACUCUGGAGACCAAACACGCCAAAGAAGUGACUGAACUGCAGAGCGAAAAAAAGUACACGGAGGAAGGGAGGAAGGAGAUGACGUCGUCUUUGUACUCGCAGCUCCCUGAAACGUCAGAGACACAGUUUGCUCGGGAGAUGACUGCGUUACUGAGCGAGAGCAAAUAUAAGGAAACUGGGAAGAAGAGCCAGACUGUGAGCGUUUACUCUCAACUCCCGCAGACCAGCGAAAUCCAGUUUGCCAAAACUGUAUCUGAGAUCCAGAGUGAGAUCAAAUAUAAAGAGGCCGGAAGAAAAGAAGCUUCCAGCUCUCUGUACUCGAAGCUGCCUGAAACUUUGGAGACUCAGCACGCUAAAGAGGUCUCACAGCUGCAGAGUCAGGUGAAGUAUAAACAGGAGGUGAGCAGCUCUCUGUAUCAUCAGCUACCUGCAACCACAGAGACCCAGCUGGCUAAAGACCUGAGAGACAUCUACAGCGAGGUAAAGUACAAAGAGGACGGAAAGAAGGGGAUCAGCAAGAACUUGUACUCUCGCCUCCCAGAGACGGCAGAGAUGCAGUUCGCCAGGGAGAUGUCAGAGAUACAGAGCGAGACAAAGUACAAGAAGGACAAGGAGGACCUGCCCAACACGCUGUAUUCACUGCUGCCUGAAACUCUGGAGACUCAGUUUGUGAAAGAGAUGGCCGAGACGCACAGCGAGGUGAAAUAUAAGGAAGCAGGGAAGAAAGAGGCCAGUAAAUCUCUGUACCACCAGCUACCUGCAACCCUGGAGACGCAGCAUGUUAAAGAGGUUACUGAGCUGCACAGCGAGAACAAGUACAAGCAGAGCGGGAAAAAGUCCAUGUCGUCCAGUCUUUAUGCUCAACUACCUCAGACGACAGAGACACAGCUUGCUGCUAAGAUGUCCGACCUGCAGAGCGAGAGUAAAUACAAGGAAGAUGGAAUCAGGAGCCUUUCUCAGAGCUUCUACUCUCAGUUACCUGAAACCAUUGAGACUCAGUUAGCAAAAACGAUCUCAGAGCUGCAAAGCGAGGCUAAGUACAAGGAGGCGAGCAGAAAGGAGGCGAGCAGCUGUCUGUACCAUCAGCUGCCUGAAACUCUGGAGACUAAACAUGCUAAAGAGGCUACUGAUCUACAAAGUCAGGUGAAAUACAACGAAGGUAAAAAGGAUCUGAGCAGCAACCUGUACUCCCACCUCGCUGAGACAGAGGAGAUGAAGUUUGUUAAAGCCGUCACUGAACUUCAGAGUGAGAAUAAAUACAAGGAAAAAGGCCGGCAGGAGAUCAGCAGCAGUGUUUUCCACCAAAUCCCGGAGACUAAAGAGAUGGAGUUUGUAAAGCAGAUCUCUGAGCUUCAGAGUGAGUCAAAGUACAAGAAAGAUGUAGAAGAUCUUCCCAACAGUUUGUACUCAGUGCUUCCUGAAACUCUGCAGACUCAGUUUGUUAAAGAGAUGGCGGAGACUCACAGCGAGAAUAAAUACAAGGAGGCUGGUAAGAAGGAGCUGGUGAAAUCUCUGUAUUCUCUGCUGCCUGAGACCAAAGACACUCAGCAUGCUAAAGAGCAAACUCAGCUGUACAGUGAGAAAGCUUACAGGGAGGAGGGCAAGAAAGAAGCUGAGUGCUGUCUGUAUGCUCAGAUGCCCCAAACCAUCGAGACGGCCUUCGCUAAGGAGCUGACCAAAGCCCAGAGCGACAAGUUCUACAAGGAGAAGUAUAAUCGAGAGAAAGGGAAGUCCAGCUACACGAACAUGAAGACGUUGCCUGAGGUGGAGCACGCCAUGGAAGUCAGCAAGAACCAGAGCGAUGUCAGCUACAGAAGAGGUAAAGAGGAGCUUCAUCACUACAACACGGUGCCUGACAGACCUGACAUCAUCAGCGCUACCAACGCCGCUAAACUGGCCAGCGAUGUGGCCUACAGGAACACUAAACAGCCUGUUUACAGCGACAGCUCACUUCUGGCCAGAACCGAUAUCCAGCACGCCAAAGAAGUGUCAAAACUGGCCAGUCAGGUGAAGUAUAAGGAGACGCAUCUGAAGAGCCAGAAACCGUGUUACAACCCUCUGGACUGCCUCUCCUUCAAGCACACGCAAGCUGCUGCUGCCCUGGCCAGUCAGGUGGAGUACAAGAAGAAGUACGAGCAAACGAAGGCUCACUACCACAUCGCUCUGGACACGGCUGAACAGCUCCACCACAAGGAGAACGCAGUGCUGCACAGCCAGGUGAAGUACAAAGAGGAGUAUGAGAAGAACAAAGGUCGCUCUCAGAUGGAUUUCGGAGACACUCAGACAUACAAAGUGUCCAAAGAAGCACAGAAGAUGCAGAGUGAGAGGGAGUACAGGAAGGACUAUGAGGAGCAGAUGAAGGGAAAGGCCUUGGUGGACGUCGACCUGACACCUGGAUACCUGACAGCCCGCCAUGCUGGCAGCUUGCUGAGCGAGAAGGAAUACAAGAAGGAUCUGGAGCAGGAAGUCAAGGGGCGGGGCUUAUCUGGUCUUGGUCUUGAAGAGACACCCGAGCUACUGAGGGUUAAAAAUGCCAAUCAGAUACUGAACCAGAAGGAGUACCGGCGGGAUUUGGAAACGGAGAUCAUGGGUAAAGGCAUGGAGCUGAGCACUGAUGUCCUGGAAAUACAAAGAGCCAAGAGAGCGUCAGAGAUCCAGAGCCAGAGAAAGUACAAACAGACGGAGCAGCUGAAAGAAAACUCGUACGGGACAGUGACAGACACUCCCGAACUGCUGCACGCCUCCUACCUCAAAGACAUCUACAGCCAGAAGAAGUAUAAAGACGAGGCGGAGCGUCUGAAAGGAAGCUACAGUCUGGUCUCAGAAACCCCAGAGAUGGAGAGAGUCAGAGCCAACCAGAGACACAUCAGCUCGCUGCGGUACUCCUGGGACUCCAAGCUGAUGAGAGGUCUGAUGGCGUCGGUCACAGAGACGCCAGAGAUCGUCCUCGCCAGAGAGAACGCCAAAAAAGUCAGCAACGUGCGUUACAGGGAGGAGGUGGGAUCUGGCACCGCCGUCAUGGACACACCUGAGAUGGAGCGAGUCCGACGCAACCAAGAGAACAUCAGCUCAGUGAAGUACAAGCAGAGCGCCGUGAAGGCUUCGAGUGUCGGAGUGACUCCAGAGGUGGAGAGAGUCAAACAAAACCAGGAAAACAUCAGCUCGGUGAAGUACCAGCGCGGGCUGCAGGAGCUGAGGGGGCGGAGCUGCACUGAGCUGGACACACCUGAGUACAGGCGUGUCAGGAAGACACAGGACUCGGUCUCCAUGGUAGCAGCCUGGUUGUCAUGGUUUCCACCUGGAAAGGAGCUAACGUGAUCAUGUGGCACUUCAGAUGGGACUGCUGCACCGACACUAACCCCACCAUGAAGAGCAGGGCAGUGUGUGUGUGUGUGUGUGUGUGCUGAGUGAGUUAACAAAUAAAGACUUUAAAACAUUCUUGGAGUGUGUUUUAUUUGCUCACUGACCAAAUGCACCCUUGUGUGUGUGUGUGUUGUGAUUCUCACGCUGGUGUGUGUAUGAUCUCUUUGUACUUGUGGUUGUUGGUGAUGUGACAUCUCUGUGCUGAUGUCACUUCAUCAGGCAAAGU